UUGUUCAGCGUUUACUAGAAAUUGCUGAUCGCCGGUUUCUUCACUCGCAGACAGGAUUUGUCGCUGAGCUGUAAGCAUGUGAGAAAGACGCUAGUGGAAACUAUAACUUACACUUAUUUUCAAAAAGCCUGUCUUCCUAGAACAUACUUGGAUUACGUUAUGUGCAAUAUGACUUUGGAGGAGUUAAGUGGAGAUCAAAGUACAGAAAGCAUGGAUACAGUGGGAAAGGCCCUUGAAGAAGUUCUUAGCUCGGCGUUACCUCAAGGAUGCAUAACUGUUGGAGUUUACGAGGCGGCAAAGUCACUCAACGUGGAUCCAGACAAUGUGGUUUUAUGUUUGCUGGCUACAGAGGAGGAGGAUGCGCAAGACGUUGCGCUGCAAAUCCAUUUCACCUUAAUUCAGGCAUUUUGCUGUGAAAAUGACAUUAACAUCUUAAGGGUGAACAACAUGAGGUGUCUGGCAGAGCUGGUGGGCGGAGUGAAGCAAGGAGGGGAGCCCAUGGACCUCCACUGUGUUUUAGUCACUAAUCCACACGGAUCUACAUGGAAAGAUCCAGCUCUGAACAAAGUGAAUGGAUUCUGCAAAGAGAGCCGCUGUUUGGACCAGUGGGUGCCAGUGAUUAACCUUCCAGAAAGAUGAUGAAAAGGGCAGACAAAGACUUUUUCAAUGAAUCGCACUGGAGUUGCAUAAUUCUCAGGAGAAAAUCCCCCAAGCUGAUGCAAAACAUUUUACGAAGUGACCAGGAAGGGGUGGAGUUCAGUUCAACUACAAGAAAGAAUGCUCUGCCCAAUGAAGAGUGGUGACCUGGAAGUUUGGGCACCGCCAGGACUAGGGGGGGAAGGGGGGGGGACAAGUUCAGUUAAAACUGAUUUGUACAGAGAAACAGAUACAGGAAACGGAAUCAUGUGAGACCUAAUCAGCAUUUACUGGAAAGAGAUUUGACCUGUGUGAUCUGGUUAACAGCAGGAUUGAUGCAGUAGCGGUGACAUGGUUUGGGACUGAUUUAAGGAGAUGUGAUGGAGUCAAGGUUUUUUUUAAAUAUAUGUAUAUACCAUAAUUUUAUUAUUAUUUAAAGGGAAGGGGGGGGGGGGGGGGGGGGGGGAAAGAAUAGGAAAUGUAAUUUAAUGUUUUGUUUUUUCAUUGAGAAAUGUUAAUAUUCCAGCCAUUCUUUCUGAAUUUGCUUUGGAGUUAUUACUAUUACAUUUUUUUUACAUGAAUUCAAAUGUAUUUCUGUGUUUACAUUUUCCAUCAUCAUAAUAUCUGUAAAUAACUGGCAUGAUUGUACCAUUUGUUUUAAUAAACUAUUUAAACUUG